GGCUGACACUAUGCGUGCAGAACGUCUAGCAUUUCUGGCUCUCGGCCUAAGGCGUUGUCUUGCACAAACAUGGACCUAUCAAGGCUGUUAUCUUGAUGACCCUGCGAAGCGCACUUUGAAAUUCUUCACCAAUACCGACAACAAUGACCAGACUAUCGAAUCCUGCACAGGAACAUGUGCUUCCCUGGGCUAUGGAUGGGCUGGAGUAGAAUAUGGGCACGAAUGCUUUUGCGAUAAGCAACUCAACAGCGCAACGCAAGCGCCUGAGUCUGACUGCUCGAUGCGUUGCGUUGGCAAUUCGUCUCAGACAUGCGGCAAUGGCAACCGACUGAGUGUCUAUACCACCGGAAGCACCUAUACUGCUCCCACUACAAACCCCGGCCCCGCUGGGUGGUCCUCGCUCGGAUGCUACACCGACUCUGUGGGUUCAAGGUCACUCGGGAGUCAGCAAUUUAUCGAUGCCGGCGCAAACGCCAUGACCGUUGCCGCAUGCACACAGGCAUGUAAAAGUGCAGGAUAUCCAGUAGCGGGCUUAGAAUAUGCCAAUCAAUGCUUCUGCGACACAAAACUUCAGAACGGGGCGACGCAAGCCGACGAUGGAUGCGAUAUGGCCUGUGCCGGCAACUCGACCGAACUCUGUGGAGGGUCAAAUCGCUUGAAUGUAUACGAAGUCACCGGCGGCCCGACAACAGAGCCAUCUCCGCCUGCAAUUCCCUCUGGCUGGACAUCCCUUGGCUGCUACACCGACAGCGCGGGCGCUCGCUCAUUACCGGUUGGUAUGGGAGUACCAGGAGACUACAAUAACAUGACGAUCGAAGGAUGUCUCACCGCCUGUGGUAAUGAGGGCUUCUCCUAUGCUGGAAUUGAAUACUCUCGAGAAUGUUACUGUGCGAACAGCGUGCACAAUGGCGGCAGUUGCGCAUCUGAUCAGUCAACAUGCAACAUGAAGUGUACCGGCAACAGAGGGCAAACUUGUGGUGGCCCCGAUCGAUUGAACGUCUACUACGCAGGAUCCGACAGCAGCGUACGUGCUUGCUCUGCUGGAGGUGGCACAUCGAGUAGCACUACUAGCAGUGCGACUUCAAGGUCUACUUCGACAUCCGUUCUGGCGUCUUCUGCGACAUCUGUCUCUACGUCUAGCUCAUCGGCUUCCUCUUCUGGCGUCUCAAGCGCUACAACUACGACACGAUCAACGACUGUUCCAUCAUCUAGCUCGACUACUACCUCUUUCGCCCUUGCCACAACCAGCUCGACUGUCACAACCACGACACGAACAACCACUACAUCUUCCUCGACUUCUACCACGACUACACCUGCCUCAACAGUCUGCCCUGAAUUCUGGAAAGCUGUGGUCUCGGACUUGGCUUCAGGCAUGCGCGAUGCUGGACUUUGCAACAACAUUUCACGAGCGGCGAUCCGAUACGCUUUCCACGACUCAGCUACAUUCUCUAACAAACUGCCCUUUUAUCCUCCUGCGGCAGGAGGUGCCGACGGCUCAUUGCUGCUCUCCACUGCGGAGAUAAAUCGCAUCGAUUCAGAAGGCCUUCACGACUAUCACAAUUUCAUCACAGCCAAGUUUAGUACAUACAAAGCUGCAGGCUAUCAAAUCAGCGCAGCAGAUCUCAUCCAAGUUGCCGGAUCCGUAGGUGUUCUAGCUUGUCCCGGUGGGCGUGUAGGACGUAUGUUAGUCGGACGUACAGAUACAACCACAGCCGCUCCUGAUGGACUUCUUCCACAAGCUUUCGGCCCCGGCUCUGAUCAUGAUACUCUCUUCCAGCUCUUCGUCGACAAGGGAUUCACUGCACGAGACCUGGCUGCUCUUCUCGGUGCCCAUAGCACUUCGAUCGCCAAUUUCCAGCAACGAUUCGGUAUGCCGGCCAAUACUGCACAAGACACGACCCCUGGAGAGUGGGAUGUACUCUACUACAACCAGACAUAUUUUCCAGUCUCGGGUAUGGGACGCUUCGAUAGCGACAUCAACCUUGCGAGGAACGAGAACCGGACAGCUGUGGGGUUCCAGUUUCGAAGUUUUGUUGGGAGACCUGCGCAGUGGGGGGCUUCAUUUGCUAGUGCAUGGCAGGCUCUGACUUUGUUGGGGGUGCCUCAGAGCGUGAGGAAUAAUAUGCAGGACUGCACGGUCGUUGUAUCUGGAGCGUUUUCUUGAUUAGAUUCUGUUAGCACGUGGCUGUGUUUGGCCAAAAGGGAG